GGAACGAAAAUCUCACUCGAGAGUGAAACACCGUACGACGACCCACGAGUUCCUCUCCGCGAACAACACCCAAAUCCAAACAAACAUUAACCGUAACCUAACAAACCCUAAUUUUUGAUCUCUCCCCAAUUCUCCAUCCCUUUUUCAUCCAAUCAAUCUCAAAAAACCCAACAUCAAAUUUUAUACAAAUUUUUUCAAAUAACCUUCGCCCUUCACUCAAUUUCUAUUUUUCUUGCCAAUUUUGACCACAAUUGCAUAUCUAUUGCGUCUCUUGUUUUCGUUCAACAUCCUCUGCAGAUCAAGUUUUGUUUUUCUUCUUCACCAGCUCUGAAGGACCCUCAAUCUCUUUUUGACCGAAUGGUUAGGUAUUUAGUUUUGUAACUCACUGAUAUAAAAGUAUGGGCAACAGUGAAAUGGAUAAAACCACAAAAGAGAAGGAGUCAAAGACGCCGCCACCGACGUCACAGGAGCAGUCUUCGACCACCACCAGCACCGGAGCAGUUAAUACAGAUUGGGCCAGCUUUCAGGCAUAUUCUCCUAUGCCUCCACAUGGAUUCAUGGCACAAAGUCCCCAAGCUCACCCUUAUAUGUGGGGUGUCCAGCAUAUUAUGCCUCCUUAUGGUACUCCACCACAUCCCUAUGUUGCAAUGUAUCCCCAUGGUGGCAUAUAUGCUCAUCCAUCCAUGCCUCCGGGAUCUUAUCCAUACAGUCCUUACGCGAUGCCUACUCCCAAUGGUAUUGCUGAGGCUUCGGGAAACACUCCUGCCAGCAUAGAAACUGAUGGUAAGCCUUCUGAGGUGAAGGAAAAAUUGCCAAUCAAAAGAUCAAAAGGAAGUUUGGGUAGUUUGAACAUGAUUACAGGGAAAAAUAAUGAACAUGGUAAAACAACUGGCACAUCUGCUAAUGGAAAUCACUCAAAGAGUGGUGAAAGUGGAAGUUUUGAAGGUACUAGUGAAGGAAGUGAUGCAAAUUCUCAGAAUGGCUCUCAAUUGAAAUCUGGAGACAGGCAGGACUCUUUCGAAGGUGAACCAUCUCAAAAUGGAAGUUCAGUGCACACUUCUCAAAACGGGGGACUUAAUACACCUAACGCGGUGGUUAAUCAAACUAUGUCUAUCAUGCCUAUCACCGCGGCUGGUACUCCUGGAGCUGUUACUGGUCCGGCGACAAACUUAAAUAUAGGAAUGGAGUAUUGGGGAACGCCAGCUCCAUCCAACAUUCCUGCUCUCCGUGGAAAGGUUCCGGCUACUACCGUCGCGGGCGGGAUAGUUACUGGUGGAUCACGGGAUAGUGUUCAGUCACAACUUUGGCUACAGGAUGAAAGAGAGCUUAAAAGGCAAAGACGGAAGCAGUCUAAUAGGGAAUCUGCCCGGAGAUCCAGGUUGCGCAAACAGGCUGAAUGCGACGAAUUAGCUCAGCGUGCUGAUGUUUUGAAAGAAGAAAAUGCUACCCUCCGAUUAGAAAUAAGCCGCAUUAGAAGCGAGUAUGAGCAGCUACUUUCCGAGAACACGGCUCUGAAGCAGAGACUUGAAGAACAACCGAGUAACGAUCAAAACGUUGGUAACGACACUCAACAGAGUGGACAGACAGAGGACGUGCAAGCUGGUCAUUAGGAUCACAUGCCGCAUUUUGGGAAGAUAACCUAACUCAAUAGCAAGAGCGCGAUCUUGUUUCGGAUAUAGCUUGUAGCUCAAAGUGUAUUACAGCUGCUGACCUUUAAUAGUCUUAAAAGAUUUGUUUUAUGAUCCCUCAUUCUUAAUUUGGCUUUUACUUUUAACCCAUUUAAAUAACCUGGAUCAUAUAUAGUGUGUGAUUUGUAUCUUAUUCUCAGCUUCAAAGUUAGUUAGUUUCCUAGUAAGUAAUAUAGUCAAUGAAACUGGGUGUUGUCCAUUAUAUUAUAUGAUUUCCUGUAUAAAAUAAUUUAUCAGGAAAAUAAUGAACAGACGGAAGAAUAAUGAAAAGAAGGAAUACCUUUGAAUUGUGUUUCU